AUGGCCUGCAUUUUACUCCCCUGUUUAGCUACCCUACUCACAUUAGCCCUGUUUCUCAAGUUGUUGCUCAAAUUCAAAAACAACUCCUCGAAACCCCAUCCUCCGGGCCCGACGGGCUGGCCGCUGGUCGGCAACAUGUUUGAUCUGGGCGAGUUGCCCCACCAGACACUCCAAAAGUUACAGGCCCUCUACGGCCCGGUCAUCCGACUCAGGCUCGGGGCCGUCAACACCAUCGUGGUACAAUCAUCCGAAGCAGCGGCCGAGCUCUUCAAGAAACACGAUCUCACGUUUGCCGGCCGAAAAGUGCCAGAUUCAAUGACAGCCUUAGGGUACAACCGGGGCAGCCUGCUCUUUGCAGCCUACGAUGAGUACUGGCGGAAGGUACGCUGCAUUUGCACCGUGGAAUUUCUCGUCAUGAAGAGGUUAAACGAGUCGAUUCCCAUACGGCGGAGGUGCGUGGAUGGUUUGGUUGACCGGAUUAAGAGCGUAGUCGAGAGAUCCGUGGAUCCGAUUAUUGAAUUGAAUUGGUUCCUCUUUUUGACUGCUUUUAAUACAAUCGGGAACAUAUUGUUGUCCGAGGAGGUUAUGCGGACGAAGCUCAACGAGGCGGGCGAGUUUUUCGAGGCCUUUAUGAAGUUUGUGGAAUGGUUAGGGAAGCCUAACGUGGCCGAUUGUUUCCCAUUUUUGAGAUGGCUCGACCCACAGGGAAUUAGGAGGAAUACGGGAAAGUAUUUUGAAAGGUUGAUAAGGUUUGCGUCCGGGAUUGUGAGUGAUAGGAUUCGGGAGCGGGAGUCCGGUGUGUGA